AUGGCAUAUUCAAGCACGAUAAACGCCUUGGUGGCAGAUGCAAACAAGCUAUAUGCUCAGAAAGAUUUCGAGGAAGCGGCCUUGAAGUAUGGUGAGGCCUGUGAAUCGUACAGUUCUGAGUAUGGCGCAGAGGAUGCUGAUCUCUUGAAUUUAUACGGCAAGGCAUUGUUCCAAAACGCUGUUCUGAGGUCUGAGGUGUUCGGUGGAGUUGGAGCUCAGCAAGACGAGCCAAAGAAAGAAGAUAAUGACGAGGCAGGCAAUUUUCAGUUCCAUGAUGACGCGCCAUUGGCCGAAGAAGAUGAUACCAACGACGCGUCGGCGCCAAUUGGCCACGAGGAACAAGAGACCUCGGAUAAUGAAGACAAGGAAAACGAGCCAGAAGAAGACCAGAGUGACUUUGAAGUUGCGUGGGAGAUUUUGGACCUUGCCAGAUCGCUCUUUGAGCAGCAGCUUGAAAAAUGCCUGGAUAAACCGAGUAAAACCCCAUAUCUUGCAACGGAUAGCGAAGAGCCACAAAACAAGUACGUUACAAUAACCAAAAAGUUAUCUGAAGUCUACGAUUUACUAGGUGAGGUGUCGCUCGAAUCUGAGAAUUUCCCCCAGGCAGCGGCAGAUUUACAAAAGAGUUUGGAGUUGCGCGAGCAGUUGUACGACUCCCAACUAUCUGCAUUGGUGUCUGAAUCACACUACAAGCUCUCGUUGGCUUUGGAGUUUUGUGUCGAAGACCCAAACCUGAGGGCUAAAUCUGCCGAGCAGAUGCGCCUUGCUAUAGCUUCUGUGGAGCGCCGAAAUGAGACAGAGAAGAACGAAGCCAAGAAAAAGGACAACUUGGAGCUCUUGAACGAGCUCAAAGAGAGAUAUGCGGAUCUUCGCAAGGAUCCAGCCGAAGAGUUUGAUGAACAAAAAUUGGAUAUAAUCAAAGGUAUUCUUGGAGAAGCCUCCGAAACAGGCGAGAAGUCCGACCCAAACAAGGCCAAGCGGACUGCUGUUAACGACUUGAGUGGAAUGGUCAAGAAAAAGAAGCCCAAGAAGUAA